CCUGUUUGUUUUCAGAAGGGUUGCCUUAAUUAAACUGCUUUGUUCUUUCAUACCAUCUGGAGUUUAAGUGGAUCAAACUCGAGUUUUUAUACUGGAGAUGGACAGCUCCUUGGUGUGUGAUGAGAACUCAGAUAUGGAUUGCCCUCCCUCCUCAGAAGACCAGAUGGAGAGAUCAAAUACAGACAUUGGAAGUUCCACCCCUGGUGGUGAUUCACUCGACUAUAGCCGCACAAUUUCUGAAGUCUCAACAUAUUCCGAGCCCAGCAUUUCGGAUGAGCCCCUUCCCCUACCAAUGAGAUGGCCAAUUUCUAAGCUUGUGGGACGAGCUUCACCUGUUCUUACCAAACUCAGAAUGAAACAGCAUGUCGAUGUUCUGGAUGAGAAACCAUGCAAUGAUGAUAUAGCAAAUUCAGAGCUGGAAAUGAUGAAGGAGAAAUUCUCGAAGCUUUUGCUCGGUGAAGACAUGUCGGGAAGUGGGAAGGGUGUUUGCUCAGCUGUUGCAAUCUCAAAUGCCAUUACAAACCUCUAUGCUACUGUCUUUGGCCACUGCUAUAAGUUGGAGCCUCUGCCACCUGAGAAGAAGUCCAUGUGGAGGAGAGAGAUGGAUUGCCUUCUGUCUGUCUGCGAUUACAUAGUUGAAUUCUACCCUUCUUUCCAAAGCUUGCCAGAUGGUACUACUCUGGAGGUGAUGGCAAGCAGACCAAGAUCAGACAUUUACAUCAACCUUCCUGCACUUGAAAAGCUGGACGCUAUGCUGCUUGAAAUAUUGGACAGCUUCCAGAACACAGAAUUCUGGUACGACGAAGGCAAGCAAUCAUCAAUUGCCUGUAACUCAAGGUCAUUCCGGCGGGUGAUUCAUCGGGAUGACGAAAAAUGGUGGCUACCUGUUCCAUGUGUUCCUGCGUCUGGCCUCCCUGAGAGAUCACAGAAGGAGCUGCAGCAAAAGCGGGAAUGUGCAAAUCAGAUUCACAAAGCAGCCAUGGCAAUCAACAGUGCCAUGCUUUGUGAAAUGGAAGUCCCAGAAUCAUACCUUGCAGCACUUCCAAAGAGUGGGCGAUCGAGUGUAGGAGAUUCAAUCUAUCGCCGCAUGUCAACUCCCGACAAGUUCUGCCCUGAUUAUCUUCUUGAUUGUCUUGAUAUAACUUCAGAACAUGAAGCACUUGAUAUUGCAGACCGUGUGGAAGCCGCAAUGUAUGUAUGGCGGCGCAAAGCAUGCAUGAACAAUUCAAAAUCUUCAUGGGAUAUGGUCAAGGACUUGAUGGCUGAUGGAGACAAAAACCACAUGCUUGCAAGUAGAGCUGAAUCUCUCUUGCUUUGGCUGAAGCAAAGAUACCCUGAAUUGUCACAAACAACACUAGAUACAAGCAAAAUCCAGUACAAUAAGGAUGUUGGACAAGCAAUCCUAGAGAGCUACUCAAGGGUGUUGGAAAGUUGGGCAUUUAAUAUUGUUGCAUGGAUUGAUGAUGUUCUUUUCAUAGAUGGAUCUGUGAAAAGGCGGUGAUCAGUUCGCUCCAACCUACAACUCAAUAUCAGAGUUGCAGAUGGACUUCUCAUUAUGUCGUUCUAACAGAUGUUGCCUUAAAACAAACUAACCAUGGAAACUAAAUCAUUUUGCUGAUCUAGAAACACUGUAAUUUGUAUCAGUUGUAUCAUUAGUUGUCAGAUUGACAACAUUUGA